ACGAGCGAUCGGAUGGAUCGGCUGGUUCGCAUUCCUCGAGAGUCAGUUGAGCAUUGGACGUCCUCGUUAGCGGUUGUCUUCUGAGCGGCGAACAUCUGAAGUCGCUCAGGCACCACCAAUAGGAAAGAUUUCGUAAUGAAUUGCAGAGAGCGACAGUAGACGAAGGAAUCUUGAAGAAAACCCACCCAGAAAACGAUAUAGUUUUAGAACUUGUCCACAAUCCUAGUGACAACACCCACCUGUAGCCAAAAAGCCGCCCAACGAAAAUCACAAUGAAACCCAGCCGGUGGAGCCUCAAUGGCUCCUCCAUCGCUCGACUGCUGCUGAUCGGUGUCCUGGUCGCCAGCUGUCCCACCAUUAUCCUGGGCGUCCAGCGGGCACCCAUCAACUCCGCCGGAGGACACGAACUGCGCACAACCACCUUUUUGCCGGCCCUGGAGUGCUACGAUCAGUAUGGAAGACCGCAGAAAUGUCUGCCUGAGUUCGUCAAUGCUGCCUAUGAACUUCCUUUCGAGGUAACGAAUACUUGUGGUGAGCAUAACAUCACCCAAUUCUGCAUACAAACCAUGAACACAAACCAUAAAAACUGCGACUUGUGCAAAUACGGCGAUCAUCAUCCUGCCUACCUGACGGACUUACACGAUCCCGACAGGGUCACCUAUUGGCAGUCGGAGACCAUGCACGAGGGCAUCCAGCAACCGAACUACAUGAAUCUGACUUUGCACCUGGGAAAAUCCUUCGACAUAACGUACGUGCGCAUUCUGUUCCGCUCGCCGCGUCCCGAAUCCUUUACGAUAUCCAAGAGGACAUCGGAGAACGGACCUUGGAUUCCGUACCAGUACUACAGUGCCAUCUGCCGGGACACCUACUUCAUGCCCGAUUCCCGACCCAUUCGCAAGGGUGAGAGUGAGGCCCAGGCCUUCUGCACCAGCGAGUUCAGUGACAUCUCGCCACUGAGGGACGGAGUGAUUGCCUUCUCCACGCUGGAGGGUCGUCCCAGUGGCACCAACUUUGAGCGCAGCGAGGAGCUGCAGGACUGGGUCACGGCCACGGACAUCCGCAUUACCCUGGACCGCCUGAACACCUUCGGCGAUGAAGUCUUCGGGGAUGAGAUGGUGCUGAAGUCGUACUUCUAUGCCAUCAGUGACAUUUCCGUGGGCGCCCGUUGCAGGUGCAAUGGGCAUGCCAGCAAGUGUAUUCCGAGCCCGGGACCGAAUGGUGAGAGGAAGCUGGUCUGCGAGUGUCGCCACAACACCGAUGGAACAGACUGCGAACGCUGCCUGCCGCUCUACAACGAUCAAAAAUGGAAGAGGUCUCUCUCAACGGAAGUCAACGAGUGCAAAGCCUGCAACUGCAAUAAUUUGGCCGACAAGUGCUUCUUCGACGCGGAACUGUUCAACCUGACGGGUCAUGGAGGUCAUUGCUUGGACUGCAGGGAGAAUCGCGAUGGUCCCAACUGCGAACGCUGCAAGGAAAACUUCUAUAUGCGCGAAGAUGCCCAUUGUGUCAACUGCGGCUGCGAUCCCGUGGGCUCCAGAUCGCUGCAGUGCAACAGCCAUGGCAAGUGUCAGUGCAAGCCGGGAGUCACCGGCGACAAGUGCGACCGCUGCGACAACAACUUCUUCCAGUUCGGACCCCUCGGAUGCCAGCCCUGCGGAUGCGACGCACGUGGAUCCCAUCAGAACACCCCCGCCUGCGAUCCCGAAUCCGGAAUCUGUUACUGCAAGGAGAACGUCGAGGGCAGGCGCUGCAAUGAAUGCAAGCCGGGCUUCUUCACCUUGGACCAAAACAAUCGCUUUGGCUGCACACCAUGUUUCUGCUAUGGCCACACCUCCGAGUGCCAGAGUGCACCGGGCUACUCCAUCGUCUCGGUGACCUCCAACUUCAAUAAGUUCAAGGAGCGCUGGACGGCCGCUGAUCUGAACCAGCGCGAGGUCGACAUUAAGUACAACCAGUACAGUCGCAGCAUAGGAACCACCGCCCAGGGCAAUGAGCACGUGUACUUCCAGGCACCGGAUCGAUUCCUCGGUGAUCAGCGCGCCUCCUACAACAGGGAUCUGAAGUUCAAGCUGCAACUGGUUGGUCAGGUGGCCAAUACGGGAGUCAGCGAUGUGAUCUUGGAGGGCGCCGGCAGCCGCAUCUCGCUGCCCAUCUUCGCCCAGGGCAAUGGAAUACCCGAUCAGGGAGUGAAGGAGUACACCUUCCGGCUGCACGAGCACCACGAUUACCAGUGGCAACCCAGCCAGACGGCUCGCGGUUUCCUCUCGAUCCUGUCCAACCUGACGGCAAUUAAGAUUAGGGCCACCUACUCGGUGCAGGGUGAGGCCAUCCUGGACGAUGUGGAGCUGCAGACGGCGCAUCGCGGAGCCGCCGGCCAUCCGGCCACCUGGAUCGAACAGUGCACCUGUCCGGAGGGCUACCUGGGCCAGUUCUGUGAGUCCUGUGCCCCGGGCUAUCGGCACAAGCCCGCCCACGGAGGACCCUUCAUGAACUGCAUCCCCUGCGAUUGUCACGGACACGCGGACAUUUGUGACUCGGAGACGGGCAGGUGCAUCUGCCAGCACAACACCUACGGAGAUAACUGCGAUCAGUGCGCCAAGGGAUUCUACGGCAAUGCUCUAGGCGGCACUCCCAACGACUGCAAGCGGUGUCCCUGUCCCAACGAUGGCGCCUGCCUGCAGAUCAACGAGGACACGGUCAUAUGCACGGAGUGUCCAAAGGGCUAUUUCGGUGCCCGUUGCGAGCAGUGUAGCGAUGGCUUCUUCGGAGAUCCCACUGGACUCCUGGGCCCCGUGCAAACCUGCAAGAGUUGCGAUUGCAAUGGCAAUGUGGAUCCCAAUGCGGUGGGCAAUUGCAACAGGACGACGGGCGAGUGCCUGAAGUGCAUCCACAAUACGGCCGGUGAGCACUGCGAUCAGUGUUUGUCGGGACACUUUGGCGAUCCCCUGGCCCUGCCCCAUGGACACUGUGAUCGCUGCAGUUGCUUUGAGGCUGGCACGGAGCAGGAUGCGCACAGCAUCACGCGUUGCGACCAGGUCACCGGCCAGUGUCAGUGCAAGCCGAAUGUGAUUGGCCGGGAUUGUGGCGAGUGCCAGCCCGGGUACUUCAACAUCCGAUCGGGCAAUGGAUGCGAGAACUGCCUCUGCGAUCCGGUGGGCAGCUACAACUCCACCUGCGAGCGGUACUCCGGCCAGUGCCACUGCCGACCCGGCGUCGUGGGUCAGCGGUGCGACCAGUGCGCCAACUACUACUACGGCUUCUCCGGCGAGGGAUGCAAGCAGUGCGAGUGCGACGAGAGCGGCUCCAAGGGAUUCCAGUGCGACCAGAAUGGCCAGUGUCCCUGCAACGACAAUGUCGAAGGACGUCGUUGCGAUCGCUGCAAGGAGAACAAGUACGACCGGCAUCGGGGUUGCAUCGACUGCCCGGAUUGCUACAAUCUCGUCCAGGAUGCUGCCGAUCUGCAUCGCGCCAAGUUGGCCAAUCUCAGUCAAACCCUGGACGAGAUCGCCCGCACCCCAGUCACCAAUGACGAGGAGUUCGAGGCCAAGCUGCGGGCGGUUCAGGAGAAGGUGGCCGUUCUGGCCCAGGAUGCUCAGGAUAACUCCGGUGAAGGUGGUCAGACCUAUGCCGAGGUGAUCGAUGAUCUGCACAAGCACCUGGACACCGUAAGGGAGCACCUGCAGAGUGCGGAUAAGUACCAGUUGGAUGCCAAUGCCGAGAUCGAGAAGGCGCGCCAGAACUACACUGUUCUGGACGAGAUCACCGAGAAGGCGAAGAAGGAACUGCAGGAUGCACUCGAUCUCCUGAACGAUGAGGGAGCCCAGGCUUUGGCUCGAGCCAAGGAGAAGUCCGCUGAGUUUGGCCAGCAGUCCGAGCAGAUCUCAGACAUCUCGCGGGAGGCACGAGCCCUGGCCGACCGACUCGAGUCGGAGGCUCAGUUCGAUCUGAAGAACGCCAAGGAUGCCAUGGAUGCCGUGGAGAAGGCCCACCAGCUGGCCAAGAGUGCCAUCGAUCUGCAGCAGAAGAUCAGCACUGAGCUGCGUUCCGAGGUGGGUCUGGAGCUGAACAGUGUAAAGCAAUCCCUGGCCACAGUGGUCAAGUCCUCCAAGAAGGCUCUGACCAAGGCCAACGAGGUGUAUGAGACCGCCUUGACCCUAUUGAAUGAGGUGAACCGUCAGACCCAACCAGACAUCGAUAUUAAUCAACUGAAGAAGGAAGCAGUGGCGGCCAACGAGCGGGCGGAUAAGCUGCUCAAUCAGAUCAAUGAAUUGUCCAACAGCAAUGGCGAGCUCUUUGCGAACUUCGAAUCGGAGCACGAACUUACGGAAACGUUGCUCGAGAGAGCUGAUAAGCAGCAGCAGGAGGACAUUGAGCUGCUGCAGCGGGCCAAGGCCGCCCACGAUAAGGCCACCAAGGCGGUGGAGCAGGGCGAUAACACACUGAAGGAGGCAAACGAAACCUACAAAAAGCUGGCCGGAUUCCAGUCCGAUGUGCAGCGCUCUUCGGAGAGUGCUGCCCAGGCCCUGCAGACUGUGCCCAACAUCGAGAAGGAGAUCCAGAAUGCGGAGACCCUGAUCAGUCAGGCGGAGGAGGCUCUGGAUGGGGCAAAUAAGAACGCCAACGAAGCCAAGAAGAACGCCCAGGAGGCGCAGUUGAAGUACGCUGAACAGGCCUCGAAGGAUGCCGAACUAAUCCGCCGCAAGGCCAAUGAGACCAAGGUGGCUGCCCGAAAUCUGCGGGAAGAGGCCGACCAGCUUAAUCACAGGGUAAAGGUCACCGAGAUCGACAUCAUCAAUCUGGAGGAGAACUCGACCAAAGACGACAACCUGGUGGACGAUGCCAAGCGGAAGGUGGGUCAGGCCAAGGCCGAUACCCAGGAGGCCCAGAAGCAGAUUGAGAAGGCCAAUACCGAACUGACGUCCAUCAAGGAAGAGCUGGAAAAUUUAAAGGACAUCAACACAGCCGAUUUGGAAAAAUUGGAGAAUCGGUUGGCCAUUGUGGAGGAUGAGAUCAAUAAUGUGAAUCUCACGGGACGCAUUGAAAAGUAUAGGGAGCAACGCCUGAUUCAAAAGAAUCUGAUCGACAAGUACGACGCCGAGCUGAAGGAACUCACCGAGGAGGUGAAAAAUAUUGGCCUUAUAUCCAAUGUUCUGCCCGACAAUUGCUUCAGUCGCAAUCGCCUGGAACCGUAGAGUUCCACCAGCCCACUCCCAAUAACAACUACUUCAAUUAACACUAAGUUCGAGGACGAGGAUCAGAACGAGACGAACAAAUCAGAUUUACGAUAUAGAACGUAGCCGUUGAAUGAAAUUAUGUAAUUUUAGUGCCUUAGCCGAAAUAUUCUGUUUAGUGACCAGAGAAGGUUCCGAAAAAGAGAUCAACUGAGCCAAGUUAAGCUUUAACGCAUCAUCGUUCGCAUACCAUAUGCCAUAUGCAAAAAUGAUACAAAGGGUUCCUGAUGCCCCAAGCCCACAUUGAGAAUAAACUGCCAACUGUGCUUCACCAGUUUCAAGCCAGCCACGGACUGUAUUAUAUGUUAAAGAACCACUAAAGCAAAACACUUUCCAAUCCGAUAAUCCAAUCGCAUUUUUCUAUCUCUGCCGUAGCUCCACCUAAAAUCUAUUCUAAACACCUAUAUAUUAACAUAAUUGUCAUCUACGUUUAAUGUGCCAAUACAAUUACCAUGUAUCUUUGUGUAUAAGUCGCUUAAAGAGUUUUUCUUCAAAAUAUAACUUUUCCAACGUUGUAAUUUUUUAUAAGCCAACUUUAA